CCUCCUCAGUCACCGUCAACAUGAAGGUCUUGUUGUUGUUCGCUCUCGUUGCGGCUGCUGCCGCCUGGCCGAACUUUGGCUUCCAGUCGGACGCGGGGGGUGCGGGUGAUGCUCAGAAGCAACAUGACGUAAACUUCCUGCUUCAUAAGAUCUACGGGGAUAUCCGUGACUCAAAUCUAAAAGGCAAAGCUGAUUCCUUUGACCCGGAAGCCAAUUUAUCCCAUUACAGUGACGGAGGUAAAGCUGUACAGACACUUAUGAGAGACCUGAAGGAUAACAGGCUUCUUCAACAGAGGCAUUGGUUCUCUCUCUUCAAUCCUAGGCAACGCGAAGAAGCACUUAUGCUUUUUGAUGUUCUCAUUCACUGCAAGGAUUGGGAUACAUUUGUCAGCAAUGCUGCCUACUUCCGCCAAAUUAUGAAUGAGGGAGAAUUUGUUUAUGCCUUGUAUGUUGCGGUUAUCCACUCACCUCUGUCUGAACACGUUGUACUUCCUCCACUCUAUGAAGUCACGCCACAUCUCUUCACCAACAGCGAAGUCAUUGAAGCAGCUUAUCGUGCCAAGCAAACACAAAAACCUGGUAAAUUUAAGUCUAGCUUCACUGGAACUAAGAAAAAUCCUGAACAAAGAGUAGCCUAUUUCGGUGAGGACAUUGGAAUGAACACUCAUCACGUCACCUGGCAUAUGGAAUUCCCAUUCUGGUGGGACGACAAAUACAGCCAUCAUCUGGAUCGCAAAGGAGAGAAUUUCUUCUGGGUACAUCAUCAACUCACCGUUCGUUUUGAUGCUGAACGUCUCUCCAAUUAUUUGGAUCCCGUCGACGAACUUCACUGGGAGAAGCCAAUCGUACAAGGUUUUGCUCCCCACACCACAUACAAGUAUGGAGGUCAGUUUCCCUCUCGUCCAGAUAAUGUAGACUUCGAGGAUGUGGAUGGUGUUGCUCGUAUUCGAGACUUGCUUAUUGUAGAGAGCCGAAUCCGCGAUGCUAUUGCACAUGGUUAUAUCGUCGACAGGGCUGGUAAUCAUAUUGAUAUCAUGAAUGAGCGUGGAAUUGACGUCCUUGGAGAUGUUAUUGAAUCAUCUGUGUACAGCCCUAAUGUGCAGUACUAUGGAGCCUUGCACAAUACUGCUCACAUUGUACUUGGUCGACAGAGUGAUCCACAUGGAAAAUAUGAUUUACCCCCUGGUGUGCUGGAACACUUUGAAACUGCCACCCGUGAUCCUAGCUUCUUUAGGCUGCAUAAAUACAUGGAUAACAUCUUCAAGGAACACAAGGACAGUCUCCCUCCAUACACCGUGGAAGAACUAACAUUUGCCGGUGUAAGUGUAGACAAUGUAGCAAUUGAAGGAGAACUAGAGACCUUCUUCGAGGAUUUCGAAUACAAUCUCAUUAACGCUGUUGAUGACACUGAACAAAUUCCAGAUGUAGAAAUUUCUACUUACGUGCCUCGUCUGAACCAUAAGGACUUUAAAAUUAAGAUUGAUGUUAGCAAUAACAAGGGCCAGGAAGUUCUAGCUACCGUUCGCAUUUUCGCCUGGCCUCACCUAGACAAUAAUGGUAUUGAAUUCACCUUCGAUGAAGGCCGUUGGAAUGCUAUUGAACUGGAUAAGUUCUGGGUCAAGUUGCCUGCUGGAACACACCAUUUCGAACGUAAAUCCUCGGAAUCUGCUGUCACUGUGCCUGAUGUGCCUAGUUUCGCAACUCUCUUCGAGAAGACCAAAGAAGCCUUAGCUGGUGCAGACUCCGGACUUACAGAUUUCGAGAGUGCAACUGGUAUUCCUAAUCGAUUCCUUCUCCCUAAGGGUAAUGAACAGGGUCUGGAAUUCGAUCUUGUUGUAGCGGUGACUGAUGGCGCAGCCGAUGCAGCAGUGGAUGGUCUCCACGAAAAUACCGAAUUCAAUCACUACGGUUCCCAUGGAAAGUACCCUGACAAUCGCCCACAUGGCUACCCUCUGGACCGCAAGGUUCCCGAUGAACGUAUAUUCGAAGAUCUGCCCAACUUCGGUCACAUCCAAGUUAAGGUCUUCAAUCAUGGCGAAUAUAUCCAACAUCAAUAGGAAGCUCUAUUUUAUCUACAAUACUCCUUUACACAUUCGAUCAUGAAACCAUACUCACCACCACUGGAUGUUACCAACAGAAUUAUAGGAUAUGAUUUUUGCUUUGCUAUUAAUAAUGGAGAUAUGAUUUCUGUACGAAGAGCAAAUAAAAAAAAUCGUAAU